AUGAAGGCUGGCCUCUCCUGGCUGCAAGCAGCCCUCCAAGGAACGAUUUUUCUUUCUCAGCUGUUGCCUGUGGUCGCCCAGGUGCCCCUGCCGACGCCCGCAUGGACUCCACCGCCUGCAAGUUCCGGCGCUGUCAGCAGCCCCAACGCCAAUCGACCCAAUAAACAGUGGUCAACUCUCCUCGGAGAACUUCUCUACUUUUAUGAUGCUCAGAGGAGCGGGAAACUUGUUUCCAACAGGGUAGACUGGCGUAACGACAGUUUAACGGAUGACGGAAAGGGAUAUACCGAUCUCUCUGGAGGAUUCUACGAUGCGGGAGACUACAUCAAGGCAACAUUUCCUUUGUCCUGGGCACUAACGUCUAUUUGCUGGGGAGCACUCGAAUUUGGCAAUGGAUACAAAGACGCCAAUCAGACCGCCUAUCUCGACUCCACUCUCCGCUGGGGACUCGACUGGUUGAUAAAGGCGCAUCCGGAAAUGAAUACGCUCUAUGUGCUUGUUGGAGAUGAUCAAAAGGACAACAACUAUUGGGGCGGCGACCAAAACAUCCCAUCGCCUCGUCCAGCAUAUCAGGUCAAUGACACACACCCAGGCACAGAUGUCGCCGCAUCUGCAUCUGCUGCUUUUUCUUCGUGUGCGCUCCUCUACGGCAAUAAGACACUGUCGAGCUCCUCAACGCCCGCGGCACUCGUCAAUACAACCUAUGCCAAAACGCUGUUGACACAUUCGCGACAGCUCCUCAACUUUGCCGUCAAUUCGACGCACGGGAUGAAGCAAUAUCAGGAUUCCGUGCCGCAGAUCCAGGAUGCCUAUCCGUCGUCGGGUUAUUACGACGAUCUCGCACUCGCGUCUAUCUUUCUCGGAGCAGCAGAUUCAUCCCCGACACUUCUUCAGCUUGCCAAGACAUAUUGGGACAAAGGAAGUCUGUCCCAUGGCGAUAUUGCUCUUGACUGGGACUCCAAAGUCGCAGCGAUCCCGGUUCUCAUGACCGAGGUAUUAGCUUCUCAGUCUAGUUUGUCAUCCGCCCAAGAUGCCAAUGCCUGGAAGUCUGCUGCGGAGAGUAUUUUGGACCAGAUAGUGGCAGCCAAUGGACCAGGCUACCUCACUGGAGGAGGAUUGUUAUAUUUCGACGGCAGCUCUGACAGUGCAAGUCUUAAUCCUGCUUUAAACUCGGCUAUGCUACUUGUCAAGUACGCGCCGCUCGCGUCGAAAAGCUCCAAGUCCAAUGAUUACCUGGCAUUUGCCAAACUUCAGUUAGACUAUGUCCUCGGAAACAAUCCUAUGAGCAUGCCAUAUGUUGUUGGCGUCAAUCCUAAUUCCCCGCAGAACCCACACAGUGCUCCAGCUUCUGGUGGUUCUGAUAUUGGUAAUAUCAAUUCAUCACCACCCACGGAAGCCCACAUCCUUUACGGCGCAGUGGUUGGUGGCCCAACCAAAGGCGACGAGUUUUGGGACGAGCGACGUGACUGGGUACAGACAGAGGUUGCGAUCGACUAUAACGCGCCACUCCUCACACUUGCGGCAUGGAAAGUCGCGACGGACGGUAACGACCCGUUCUAUACCCGCCUGCAGGAUGGCGCGUACGCCGCAAACCGACCGCCUGGCACAUCGCGUCCGUGCUCGAAUCCUGACGUUCCUUGUGGAUAUGAAUUCCCCUUCCCUCAAGACCGCCAGAUUGUCGUUGGGGUCUUCCUGGGCCUGGGCGGUGCUAUUGUGCUUGCGAUGGCUGGUUGGUAUGCGUAUGAAUGGAAAAAGGCAUCAACCAAGGCUGCGUAA